GAAAGCUGACGUGGUAGCAAGCGGAGCUUCAUUCAAAAACAGCAGCUUUUGUCGCCACUGGGCGCGCGCGCCACCUUGCAGGUCCCGCCUUCUGGUCUUGUAGGGACCGGCGCGAGUGGAAGCUGGACGCCCAUGGCUGUUGCAGCGAUGGCCGAACGUGGCCGCCUACCUCACGCUACGCCGAGCACCGAGGGGUUACCGCGAGCCUUUCUCCAGAGCCUACGCACCCUCUUCGACAUCCUGGACGACCGGCAGCGCGGCUACGUGCACCUGCGCGAGAUCGAGUGCCGCUGGCAAGGUGCAGACGCACGCGAGCUGCCCUGCGGCGUGCUGGAGGGCCUGCGCCAGGUGGCCCCGGCCAAUGGCUAUCUGACUUUUGAGCGCUUCGUGGCGGGUUUGCGCACCUCGCUGUUGAACGCCGACGGUGGCCCACGGGAUCAGGCACACGUCGCGGCCCGACCUGGAGACCAGUCCUUGUUGCAGCAGCGCCUAAUGUUCGCACCGGCGGAUGAGCCGCGGACUGUCCUGGAGAGGAAGCCUCUGCUCCCGAGUGCACGCCCUGCUCCUGCUGGCCCCAGUGGCACCUCCCGGAACCCUGAGCUAUUGUGUGUCCCGGAGGAGGCGGCGCCCUGCCCCGCAGAGCCCAAGCGGGCCCUGAGUAAGGCGCUGGAGCCGAGUCCUAACGCGGAUACCGGUCCUUCUCAGUGUGACGCCCUGAAGAGACAAUCCGGCUUACUUCUCCACCCAGGCAGAGGAGGUGGCACAGGAGCACCUACCACAAGUGCUGAAGAAGGUACAGCAGCCUGCAAGACCCUGGACAUAGGCACAGGUGAAGCCCGGCAGGCUCCACGAGCCCGAGGCGAACGUCGAAGGCAUACCAUCACCAACGGUGUGGACUGUGUCCUGUUGAAGCAGAUGAAGGAGUUAGACCAAGAACAGGAGGUGCUGCUGCAAGGCCUGGAGAUGAUGGCUAGGGGCCGAGAAUGGUACCAGCAGCAGCUGCAGCGUGUGCAGGAACGCCAGCGCCGUUUGAGCCAAAGUAGAGCUGCUGCUGACUUUGGGGCUGAAGAGAGCCUCCGCCCUCUGGGGAGAUUGUUGCCCAAAGUACAGGAGGUGGCACGGUGCCUGGGAGAGCUGUUGACUGCAGCCUGUUCUGGCCGAGCUCUGCCUUCGUGUUCUUUGGGGCCACUGGGCCCUACCUCACCCUCAACACCACCAGCCUGGCAGCAGCAGACUAUCCUCAUGCUGAAAGAACAGAACCGUCUUCUCACUCAGGUGAGGUAUGGGGAGAUGGGGCUGGGGCUGGAGGCCCAGCAGGCCCUGACCACCUGCCAACCUGCCCAGGAGGUGACUGAUAAGAGCGAGCGCAUCACUCAGCUGGAGCGGGAGAAGUCUGCACUCAUCAAGCAGCUGUUUGAGGCCCGAGCUCUCAGCCAGCAGGAUGCUGGGCCUCUGGACUCCACUUUCAUCUAGCUGGUCAUACCUCUCUAGGACGUGCAUACAGACUUAGCCUCAGCUCCGUGGCACCACAGAGAGCCAGUCUUCUAACUGAAGACCACCAGCUGUCUUAAACUACAGAACCCUUAGGGCACCUGCCUCCUCUCUUGUAAUCUGGACUGUCCUAAGGCUUGCCCAAAGCUGGCCUGACACUACACAGUUCCAGACUUGGGGUGCUGAUCCGUCAUACCUGAAGCUGCUAUUUCCACUGUCAGUGGAUGGUGGAGGACAAUUCCUCAUGUUUACCUGAUUUCAGGCAGCCCUGGACAGAGAAGGGGGCGUGUUUACAGCUGUCCUGUCCUCUCUCCCUGGGAUCCCUGCCUGGUGUUUAGUAAAAAGUACUGGUCACA